CUCGUCUCUCUUUAGCAGCCUGUCUAGCUAUACUGCACAAUUGAUAAUAUCAAUUCUGAUCGCAGCUGGUGGAGUAAUGGGUGGUGCUCGUCAUGUAGUUUAUAAGGGACCAAGUAUAGUAAAAGAAGUGAUCUACGGAAUUACUCUUGGACUAAUUGCUGGUGGUUUAUGGAAGAUGCAUCAUUGGAACAAUCAGAAGAGAACCAGGGAGUUUUAUGAUCUGCUUGAAAAAGGCGAAAUUAGUGUCGUUGUUGAUGAAGAAGAUUAAUCAGUAUGUAUGUAUAUUAGCUACAUAUCGAUGCUUAAGUAAACCAGGUGAUCUUGUACUUCUCUUUAAGUU